AUGGCAGCCGCGCGGGCCCCCCGGUCGGCACUGGCGGCGCUGCGGAGCGCGGCCGUCUGCGAGUUCCUGCUCGUGUCGCUGCUUGUCCGGGUUCGGCGACAGCCGAUCCCAGCCACCACCAGCCGGGAGAGGAGCGUCCUCAGGACGGAGCUGGAGAGGCUGGCCUGCAGCGCCGACGACAACGUGCAGCGCGUCAACGCCUGUGGAUGGUGGACGCUGUGGGUGGUCGUCUGCCUGUUCGCCAGAAGCCCAGUCACACGCCCGAUAUCGGACGAGGGGGUCAACGCGGCGCUCGGGCGGGCGCUGCCCACGCUGAACGGCCUGCUGCGCGUGAGUGCGCCGGCCACCGUGGGCGACUGCUUCGCCGACGACCGCCCUCCCAGCCCGUGCGACGAUGUCGGGCCGCUCUUCGACCAGGCCCCGCGCCACAGCGAAGGCUGGACCUUCACCAUCCGCUGGCUGACCGGCGUGAACACCGUCUGGAUCGAGGACCCCCGAUGUCUGUGGCGUUCAUCCCGGAGUCCCUGCGGCCCGUGCAGGUGCAGGUCCGCGGCUUCCUGGAGCGCCUCAACGUGUCCCUGGCGAUGGAGAAGUGCGAGGACUCGCCGAGGCUCUCCUGCCAGAGCCUCUGGGACAGCGCGGAGGAGCUGCUGCGAGAGGCACAGGGCAUUCCACCUGGUGCUCGGGGCCGUGUGCUACGAAGGCACCGCCCGGGGCCAGCCGGGGCCCGCGCAACUGGGCGCCCUGGAG